CCGACAGUUAUCGUGUGAGAAACUUCUUAACAUUAGAAAUGGACAAAGACUCUGCAAAGCAGACACAGACUAGCGGUUCUCCAGCCCUCAGCAGAGGUCAUGAGCGACAAAGGUCAUCUAUUGGAGAGGUUGACAUGACGUGGGGCAGGAGGGCCAGUAGGACCCUCAUCAUAAGCAGAAAGCUCUCUGAAAGUGAACAGGUCUACAAUCUGAGUAGAGUGGAGGGGGAAACCCCAGAAGGAGAGGGACCACUGGAGGAGAAAAGUACAAGACUUUCUUCAACAGACGAAGAAAGCUGCGAUACACCUGUGGCGAAAGUGACAGCCAGGAAGAGGAAGGCCAGCACCGAUGGUGACGGAGCCGACACAGAACAGAAGAGGAGCCCGGACCUGAACGACACCAAACAGAUCCAACAGGAUUUGUCCGCAGGUGCCCUGAGAGCUGAAUUUGAGGCCAAAUAUCAGCAACAGGAUCUGCUGGGUGAAGGAGGAUGUGGAUGUGUGUAUGCUGGCUAUCGCAGAGAAGAUAAUCGGCCUGUUGCCAUCAAACGCGUACCAGAGGAAAACAUCCUCUGCAAACACGUGGACGAUGCUGGGAGGCAGCUCUCCGUGGAGGUCGCCGUCAUGCUGAGACUACAGGAGGAAACACGUGGAUCAGUGGGGGCUUCAGCACCCGUGGCCCUACUGGACUGGUACGAUCUAGGCCAGGAGCUGAUCCUGGUGCUGGAGAGACCGGUCCCUGCCGUUGACCUAUUUCACUACGUCGAAGGCAACGGGGGCUCCUUACCAGAGGAGGAGGCCAAGAUCAUUCUUAAACAGCUGGUAGAUGCAGCAGUUGACCUCCAGGAGAAGCACAUUUUUCACCGGGACAUUAAGGUGGAAAAUAUAUUGAUCGAGACCGGCUCGGACGUUCCACGCGUUCGCCUUAUUGAUUUUGGACUGAGCCGCUUCGUCAAGAAAGGGGCCUUGUACCGCCAAUACUACGGUACCACUGCCCACGUUCCUCCAGAGUGGUACAGCCGUGGCCAAUACAGUGCCGGACCCACCACGGUGUGGCAGAUGGGAGUGGUCCUGUUUGAAACGCUCCAAACUGAUGAAUAUUUUGAGACCAGAAAGUUCAUGCAAAAGUUGCUGACGAUCAGUGAGACGCUGUCCGAAAAUUGCCAGGAUUUCUUGCGAGCGUGUUCCAUUGAAGACCCCAAACAGCGUCCUACCCUGACACAGAUCAGGCUUCACCCAUGGCUAAACUAAACACACACACACACACACACACACACACACACACACACACACACACACACACAUUAAAUAUAUCAAGCCAUCCAAUCCCAAACUAGUCAUCCAAUUAAUAAAGAUGCUCCCUCUUUCACUCUUACAGGAGAACGUGAGGAACUCCUGCUUGCCAUCUUCAGGGACUCAAAGAUUCAAGGAAGCAGAACUCCUGGUUGACAUCUUUAAGGACGCCACCAUCAUCCAUAGCCAUUCUGCAGCAUAUGGUUAUGCUACACUUGCACAUCCAGAAGGAGAACGUGAGGAACUCCUUUUGCAUGUCUUGUAGCACACCCAGCCAUCCGUGGAGAGGGGAUUUCUCUUUGAAUUGCCUUUCCCGAGGUUUCUUCCCAAUUUCCAUUUCCCAUCGGGAUUUUGGGGAGUUUUUCCUCGUCUUCUUAGAGAGCUUGG